AUGGCGAGUACCAGGAAGAGAGCCGAUUCAGAUGACAACCCUCUCAGAGCAAAGAAACACAAGAGCAACGCAGAAUUCACCCUAAUGGAUUUCAUGAAGGAGUUCCCGCCAAUCAAGGGACCUUUAAAACGGUCAACCGACGAGCCCCUGCCUUGUACCGUCUUGGAGGGAUCAGAAAUGCAGAACCCUACAGACGGGAGAAGGGGCGGUCGAACGUCGAUCUUCAAUAUCAGAGUUCCUGAGAGACUUCCUUAUGACCCUAUGGAUCCAUCGGCCAGAUUUGCUCCUUAUUGGUGGCUGAAACGCCAGUAUUCCCAUUGCAUCAUACCUGAGCUUGGAGAGAAGUACAACUUCGGCUUCGAGGAUCAAACUUUCCAUUGCCUGCGCGAUCUUCACAAUGCUCGGGUUCACAUACGACAAUCAAACCCUCUUUCUGAAAAUGAAGUCUACAGCCUCGCAACCCGCUGGAUUCGACUGGAGGAAAAGGAUAGGCCGUCAUCUGACGGCUAUUUGGACAACGGCGAAAUCUAUGUCGCUACUUGCCUUCCAAGUCUCUACAACGAGGAAACCCUUGCCCAGUAUCUGGAGGACAACUACUGGGGCGAACUUUCCGCAUCGCAUUACAUGCCACGCAGCAAGUACUCUGUGCACUUUGUCGGGAAGCCUAGGUUGGGUCGCAAAGAAGAGAUAGAAUCGAUUAACGUUGCAACGGUCCUCAUUCGCAACACCAAGACUGGCGAUGUCAUUCACCUUGACACAGGGCCCUUGAGUAGCCGUCAUGAUCGGGCAGUACGGGCUGGGGAAGCGCUGAGAGCUUGGUUGAAGUUUCAGAAAGACAAGGAGCCGGAAGCGGAGCUUGGACCCAUCAGCUAUUCUGAGCCCUUGAUGCUCGAUUUGACAAAGGAGACGCUUCCUUCGCUUGCUUCAUACCACGCCCUUGUCUCAGCGACCUUGUUCCUCCGCCGUCGCAUCAUCAACUGGGGCGAUGUCAAGGCCUUCCAGUCAUACGGCAAUGCCAAGUCCAAUAUCAUGGCAAGGUCCAUGCUACAAAACAUUUCAGGAUGGCUUGGUUUGAAGUCCGCGGCCAAGGCCGGAGAACAGCUGGCGAACCCGAAGUCAAAGGCCAAGUUCGCCGAAUACUACUAUCAGGGUAGCCUUCAAGGUCGGAAUCAGCCUCUUCCUAUUUCAGAGCGUAUUGCUACCGCCCAGAAAGGAGAGUCGGAUGUCUUGAAUGAGGAACCCGCCUCGGACCUUGGAUCCGAUGAGGGAGACGACCGUGAAGAGAUCAAAACUGAUCAGGGCGACGACAGCGCCACUUCCGAUCGUAGUGACAAGGACGGCGGGAAAGACGAUGGAGAGAGAGGAGACAGCAGGAAUGUCAGUGAGGAAAGACACGAUAGCAAGAAGGUUACCUUGGAUCAAGAUGAUGGCGAGAAAGAUGAGGACCAGAAAGACAGUAACACGGAGGAGAGCAGCAACAGCAACGGCGGCGGCGAGGACGACAAUGACGAGGAGGAAGAGGAUGGCAAAACCUCCAACGCCCCUGACGCUUCCGCCUAG